UCCAUGGUCUUGGUCUCAACGUCGUCGUGUCAGCUCCGCGAGCCAUAGUCAGCCAACAGGAGGCAUUGAGAAGAAGUAGUUGGGUCAAAAAAAGCCUACCAUACAAGAGCAGAGGACUUCCUGGACAAUUUCAGACAAUCUAGUGGCCUCCGGUUGGGCUCCACAAGUGCCGUAAAGGGUCCGGACCGUGCGUCGGUUGACAGAGCGGACAAUUUUGUGUGAAAACAGUGCUUCGCGAUCGCAGUUCGAGGAGAUUGAUUUCUGCGAAAUUUGUGAACUGCACAUUACAAUCUCUCCUGCCGUCCUCUCGGAUGAACGAAGUUCGAAUCGAAUCGAUUCCAGUGUAUGCUGUGGAAUUUUUGCUGAAAAUACGACGCUUAGUGCUACUGUGGCUGGAUUUGGGUCCACUUCCGGUGGAAUUCAAGUGGGAAACGUGCGAUUUACGUGGGCCACCCGACGGUGCCAGCAACGGAACGAGGGCGGCCGUGAUUUUCGCUGUCGACAUUUUGACAUCCACACAUACUCGCUUCGUGUCGGGAGGGCCUGUUGGCGAGAGUGUAAAUAUGUCUGGAAAAGUACGACAGCAGUGAAGAUGGCUGGAAUUUGUCCGUCACGGUGGAAUCUAGCUUAAUCGCAAGCGAUACGGUCAGCUUUGUGCGAAGGAAUAGAGCUGUGUGGGCGACAACAAUCCGUUCGUGUGUGUGUGUUUGUGUAGGUGUGGGUUCGUAGCUGUACAGGAUUCGUGCAGUGUGAGUGUAUGUCUAUGUGAACGCGCGCGCGUUCCUGUCAGCUAAUAAGGGGCAAAUGUGUGUGCGAAAAUUUCAAUGCAUCGUGUCUUAUCGCCGCAAUGUGUUUACUGUGUAAUGAUAAUGUGAAGGAAUCCAAAAAGCGAUAGUUCCCGGUUUAUCACUCUGCGUUCUGUUUGCUACUCCUCAGCGGUGUGCGCAGCGGAGUGGGUAAAAUUGUGGGGGUGUGUGUUUCGUGUACGUAUGGAUAUGCGUACGCUAGCGCGGCUAAAAGAGUGAAUAAAGAAGCAGCAGCAAUCAAUCAAAUAGUCGGCUCGCGGCCGAUAAAGUAAUACAGGAAAAAAGAAUGUGAAGAAGAAAGUGCAGAAUAAGUGAGAAAUACUCAAAUCAUAUGUCCCGGUUACGCGAUAGUGGAUAAGAGCAGAACGAACGAGAAGAAUGUAAUCUCGAGAGCAGCGACCAAACACGCAGGGAUAUGCUGAGUGGAGGCAAAACAAAAGAAACGGAAUGUGUGUGAUUGUGUCGAAGGUGCAGAAGGGAGUUAAAACAUAACAACAGCCGCUAGAAGAUUCUUGCGUUCCCUGGGCAGCGAACAACUAUUUUUCCCCUCGUUGCUCUGUAAGGGGUCGAUCAUUAAUCUCAGCUUAAUCGCGAAAAAUAUGCAAAAUAUGCCAAUUUAGUCUCCGCGACUAGCGCAGUUGAUGGUUGUGUAGUGUGUCGGUGUGAAUGUGCAUAAUAAAUCUUCAUAAGAGAGAAUAAUAGUGAGAAAAAUACGAAACGCUAUCAAAUAAUUGCUAAAUCGUUUAGCGGUGUGUCGCCGCGGUGAAAUAGGGAAUAGGUGCUAGCCGUGGGGAGUUCUGAUGCUGCACGUGGCCCAGAAGGUGGAACCAGCACACCAGAAUGAUUGGUGCCUGUUCGGUCAAUCGGGUGGCAACAACUGAAACUGAAAUAACAACAAGUUCUAUUGCCGUUACCGUUGCUGCUGUUUCUGACCCGCCAGAGACCGGCAACAAAGUAUUCGAGCUGCAAUUAUUAUUCCUUCAACCAAUAAAACAACAUCAGCAGCAACAGCAGCAACCAAGACAGCAACAAUGCAGAGCCAAGACGCGAUAGGCGACUGCUCUCGAUAUAUCUUGCAGGUGUAUGUUGGGGCGCUAUCCCUUCACUAUGAAGCACUCAGUGUGGAAGCCUCGAAGCAGACUACGGCAGAGGAAAUUGUUUCCUGUAUCGUAGAAAGGCUCGGAUUAACGGGUAACAACUAUGAGCUGGCUGAAGUGGCCGGCGAAUGCAAAGAACGGCGGCUAUCGCCCCACGAAAAACCCGUCUCCGUGAUGCUGCUGUGGCCAAUGCAUUCGGAGAAGGAUUUUCAUAGAUUUUAUUUACGUGAAAGGCAAAGUGAUGUUCCUUGGCUAGAUAAUUACGGUCUGGAUCCCCAGAUACUAAGAGACUUUAUACCAUUUCUACUUCAGAAAGAAAAUAGAGAAUAUCCUGAUUUGUGCCAAUUACCAGACCUCAAUGAAGCGACCCUGCUAGAGAACCUGCGGCAGCGUUUCGAGGCUGGCCACAUCUACACCUACGUUGGGAGCAUCCUGAUUGCGGUCAACCCGUUCAAGUUUCAUCCCAUUUACAAUCCGAAAUAUGUGCGGCUCUACCAGAACCAGCGCAUCGGACCGAUUCUGCCGCCGCACAUAUUCGCGAUCGCCGACAACGCUUACUACAAUAUGCUGAAGGAGAAACGGAACCAGUGCAUCGUGAUCAGUGGCGAGAGCGGUUCGGGCAAAACCGAGAGCACCAAUUUCCUGCUGCACCAUCUUACGGCCCUCUCGCAGAAGGGUGCUCACGGAUCGGGCGUGGAGCAGACGAUCCUGAGCGCCGGUCCAGUAUUGGAAGCGUUCGGCAAUGCUAAGACAGCGCACAACAACAACAGUAGUCGUUUUGGGAAGUUCAUACAGGUAAACUACCGCGAAAAUGGGAUGGUCCAAGGUGCCGUGGUGCAGAAGUACCUGCUGGAGAAAAGCCGGAUAGUGUCACAGGGACACUACGAGCGAAACUACCAUGUGUUCUACUAUCUGCUGUCGGGCGCAACGGAGCAAGAGCGGGUGGCGCUGCACUUGCUGCCGGCGGAGAAGUAUCACUAUCUGAAUGCGAAGAAUCUCACACUUGAGAAUUGCGACGAGAAGUACGAGUUCUCGAGGCUGAAGCAAAGUAUGGAAAUGGUGGGCUUCUCGGCAGAGAAGCAGCGGAGGUUGUUUGCUGUUUUGUCCGCCGUGCUGCUUCUGGGGAACGUGGAGUUCUUUCCGAAGAAAUCUACGUAUCAUCACGACGAGAGCGUACAGGUGCGAAACCCGGAUGUAGUGGGACUGAUUUCGGAGCUACUACGGGUGAAACAGGAAACGCUGCUGUCGGCCUUAACCUCCAAGCGUGUGAAAGCGAGCGGCGAAACGUUGAUCAUGCAGUACAAGCUGCCGGAAGCAAUCGCGGCGAGGGAUGCGUUGGCGAAAUGUUUGUAUGGGGCACUGUUCGAUUGGAUCGUGUUGCAAGUUAACCACGCUCUUUUGAACAAGGACCAGACGGUACACACCGGCCACUCAAUCGGGGUGCUUGAUAUUUUCGGUUUCGAGGAUUUUGGACUGCAAAACAGUUUCGAACAGCUGUGCAUCAACUACGCUAACGAGCAUUUACAGUAUUAUUUCAAUUUGCACGUGUUCAAGUAUGAGCAAAAGGAGUAUAAGCGGGAAAGCAUCAAGUGGACUGACAUAGAAUUCCUGGACAACUCUGGAUGCCUACAGCUCUUCGAGUCAAAACCUUCCGGUUUACUGUGUAUUUUAGAUGAUUUAUGCAAUUUCCCUGGAGCUACUAACGAAACGUUGCUGCAGAAAUUCAAUAGCGUCCACAAGGAUAAUCUAUUCUACGAGAAGCCUCAGCGAAAGGAGAACGCAUUCAUCAUCAAACACUACGCCGGCAAGGUGAAAUAUCAGGUGGCUGAAAUGCGAGAAAAAAAUCUUGACCUGAUGCGGCAGGAUAUUGUGAGUGUACUGAAGAACUCUAGCAUGGCCUUCGUGCGAGAGCUGGUCGGUGCUGAUCCAGUGGCAGUCUUCCGGUGGGCUAUCCUGAGGGCAUUUUUUCGUGGCUAUUUUGCAUUUAGAUCGGCCGGUAUCAAACACCGGAAGGAACGAGCCGACCAGUCAUACAACAAGCUGUCCACCAAAAGUCGCUAUCGUGCCCCGAAUGAAAGUAUUGUGAGCCAUCUAGUGACGGUUUCAUCGGUGAACCUAACUAUCAAUCGAAUUGCUAAGCGAAUUAGUAAUGCCAUGCACGAUAUCACUUCGAACAACAGCAGUGGAAAUGCCGGUGGAAUUAGUUAUCGCCAAUCUGUGGGUCCCGGAACGACCCAAGCUUUCAACAACCGGGACUACGCUUCAGGAACACCUCGCCGAUCCUGGUCCAGCUAUGCGUUCAACAACAAAAACUUUCCCGAUGGUAAGAUUAGCUACGAAUGCCAACAGCAGCAACAGCCACAUCAGCUGCACCAGCAGCAGCAACAACCACCAAGCCCCGAUUCCUCUUCGACUUCUGGCCAUCAAAGUAGUAACGCUAGUAGUAGUGGCAAGCAAACGACAGCGACGAACGCUGGUGGCAGUUUGGGUAAUAUUGGCGGUAAGCUGGACUCAGCCAGCUACAAUUCCUCGCAAGCGGCGCGGAAUCGCUUCGAGCGCUCGACCCAAGAUGUAAUGGCACGCGCUUCGCAGAUUGUUAUGAAAAACAAAUCGUUUCGUCCCCGGGAGCGACCAAAGAAGGGCCUCAAGAAUCUGCAGUCGGUAAAAACCCUCUCCGCGGGACAGAAUCUUACCAACAACCAGACGGCCAUCAAAACUCGCAAGCAGCCUCUAACCGUGACGGCGCAGUUCCAGAAUUCGCUGAUCGCGCUCAUGGAGACGCUCAAUCAGGCGAAUCCUUUCUUCAUCCGGUGCAUCAAGUCCAAUCCGAACAAAAUACCGAACCAAUUCGAUGAUGCCACCGUAACUAGACAGCUACGCUACACAGGCAUGCUGGAAACGGUCCGAAUCCGGCGGGCGGGUUACAAUGUGCGUCUCACGUACGAGGAGUUCAUCCAGCUAUACCGUAUUCUACUGCCCAAGGGGCUAGUCAGCUCCCAGAAGGAUGUCCGGGACUUCAUGAACACGAUGGACCUCAACAAGCAGCACUACCAGCUCGGGCUAACCAAGAUCUACAUGCGCGAGUCGCAGAAGAUGCGGCUGGACAUCUGUCUGCACACCAAGAUUAUCGACGGUAUCAUUACGAUCCAGCGCUGGUUUCGGUCGAUUCUGCAGCGUAAAAAGUACUGCCAGUAUAGGAGUGCGGCCUGCACGAUCCAGUCGCACUGGCGGCUGUAUUUGAAGGAAAAACAAGCGAAGUUUGUGCGGAAGAUCAAAACCGAGGCGGCCAUCAUUAUACAGGCAGUAUGGCGAGGGCACUCGGCGCGAAAGUGGUUCAACAAGUUGAAGAGCGGGGUGAUGGUGAUACAGGCACGAAUCCGAGGAAAUCAGGCACGAGAGCGGUUCAAAGUGAAUUUAAGCAAGAAACUACAGCGCGAACGUGCCAAACUGCGCUCCACUCAGAGUUUGCCGACGACAGAGCGCAUCCUGGAGAGUUCCUUCGACACGCCGGAAAUUCAGCAGCACAAAGCGAUCGGCACUAAGAUCCAAUCAUCGCAAGCGGUUGGAGUCAGUUUUGAGUCGGCGAUCGAUAUAGUAAAUAAGAACCGGGCCUUGUUUAGCGAUAAUAGUUUAAGCAGCGCUGACUUUAUUGAUGACGAUGACGAUGACGACGAAGAGGAUGAUGAUGACUGUUACGAAGACAUGGGCCUGGUCGACGAUCCCACUUUUGUUACGACCGUUUUGCGACAUGAAACGUUGCCGGAGAAAAAUACCAGCAGCGGCAGUACGAAGGGCAGUGGUUUGAUGGAUUUGUACGGCAGCAGCCAACAGCACGUGAAGGUGCCACUCAAACGACAGGAUGAUGUAUUAGAUAGGCCAAUGCGGAAGUAUGAAAUUGACCGCGCUAGCAAGAGUACGUUUGAUGAUGCCGAAUUGGCCAAGUAUCGCUAUGAGCGAGGAUUAAGUUCACUAGGUGGUAUCAGUGGGAAGUUACCGGUGCGACGGGUAGACUCAGGUCCAUCGCCGGGGCAUCGUGUACGAUACGAUGCGUAUGGUAGCGGUAGCGCCGGUCUCACUAGUGGUGGAAUGAUACGAAAUCAGAACCACAGCAAUAAUAGUUUUAGUUCCAGUAAUGUUGAAAUCGUUCUUGUAAAUAGCGGUAUAGAUAGUCUCUCUUCCUCAGUGGCCACUUCCGGAAUUGCCAACAGUAGCGCCAGCGGCAGUGGUACCAGUCUUAAUACAUCUACCAUUGCUACAGAGCAGCCGCAGAAACUUCCUCUUCAACGGAAUCUCAACCGUAAUACAAUUAGCCAAACGCAACAAUCCAGUACCACACUCAGUCGCCGUGAGCUUAUUUGCCGCAGUCAGGGUGACGAAAUCAACUCCAACUAUCAUCUGCAUCAUCUCCAGUCAGCACCAUCCAUUAUUACAUCGCUUUCAUCCGCUCCGUGUAUGGCCAAUUAUCAAAACGUUCAAUAUACAACCGCCACGACAGCAGCAUUCCAUCAGCAACAGCAGCAGCAGCAGCAGCAGCACAUACAACAGCAACAACAUCAACAACCUCAUCCCUAUAACAAUAAUAAUAACAACAACAACAUGAUCAAAUCUACUAGCAUUUCCAACGUUAACAGCAACAGCGGCAGUACCACCAAUAUAUACAGUUACGUUAGUCAGCAGCAGUCGCCACAUCAGCAGCAGCAGCAGCAGCAACAACAGUUCAUCCCACCGGGAAGCGCACAAAGCAAUCUGCCUCUGUCACAGAGGGUGACCGGCAGUUAUCCGGAUGAGUUCGCUCAGAACUACUAUAACACGACCACCACACCGAAGGGCAAAGCCGCCGCCCUGCUCGGCACCAAAUCGGAGGAUUGCAAGUACGGAGGAGGCAAGGAUAUCGAUUUGACACUGUCGAGUGCUGCUGCUACUGCCGCCGUUAGCACGAUCGCACCCAGUAAAACCCGCCGCAUGAAAACGAAUCUCAGUGACGACUUCUCCGGAACGAUUACCAGUGGAAAUGAUGGUAGCAAUACUGGCUGUCCCGGGGGCAAUAGCACCGGCCAGACGGCCUUGAUUCGCCGGGGUGCCAUCGCCGGAAUGGAUACCCUGAAGCGACGCAAUUCGGACCCGACGAACAAGAUCCCGCUGCUGGAGGUUAACCGGGGGAAUGAUAUGUACCAGUCAAGCACCCGAAUCAACAUCGCUGGGCAUCAGUUCCGGAAGGUGCAACGAAUUAACAAGGCAGAGAAGUGUGCCAGCUGUCAGGAGAGUGAUUCGUUUGUGAAUGAAGGCUACCGUUGUCUGGAUUGUAAGGUUUUGGUGCACACGAAAUGCAUCCAAAACGGAGGAAUCAAAUCACUCCAAUGUGCGGCCAAGCGGUCCAAACGGAUACGCACCGGGAAGCACGAGAAACACGCACCGAUCGGUGGGUUGGGAAACACAAGCACUCCCAACUCGAAAUUUUCAGCCACGCGCGAAUACACCGACUCGACAGACAAGAUUAUAAGUGAUGCCAAAGAGCUGCAACUGAUGCAGGAUUUCAUCACGCAGAAGAUCUGCAAGAUGGAGAGCGAUUGCGAGAAGCCUUCGGAGGUAGACCGUGUGUUCAAGCAAGCCUUGCGUGAGUUCAAAGACAACCUGGUGGCGCAAUACAGUGUAGCACACAAGCAGAACUCGGAUGUACUAAACAUCAAAUAUCGAGAUUUGAUUUCAAACUUCGAGCAGGUUAUUGAGACCACUUCCGGCAGGAAGAACGAUUUCCCACUAACGAUGGGCGUGAACGCGUUCAGAGGCUUCAUGAACGAGUUCAUGAACUCACGCGAGACGGAGAAACCGAAGGCUAAACGAAAAAAAGACAAGAAGCGGAAGCAUGACGAACACACCACUUAUAACGGUCACACAUUCCAGCUAACGAUCAUCAACAUUGCGACGGCUUGCGAAAUUUGCCAACAGUUCCUUCUCUGGCCAAUCGAGCGUGGAUUGGUGUGCCAAAACUGCCGCCUAACGUGUCACAAGAGGUGCUAUACGAAGUCGUUCGCGUGCAGCAAAAUCGCAAAUACAGGCCCACUUGGUCCGGGAGGGACGGGCGUGGGUGUGACGGGUGUUAUGAGCGGUGGUACCACCGUGUGUGACACUGGUGAUCUGCCGACUAAGCUCUUCGGUGUUCCGCUGACGGGUCUGUGUGCUGGUAACGAUGGUGUUAAAAUUCCCGCCCAGAUUUACAGUUUGAUCAUGAUGAUCGAAAUGCAUGGUUUGUACUCGGAGGGUAUCUACAGGAAGAGCGGCGUCAGCUCAAAAAUAAAAGAGCUGAAGGGCAAAAUGGACAGGGGAAUGGGUACCUCCGAUGAGAUGGACUACGAAAGUUACAAUGUGCACGUCCUAACGAACGUGCUGAAAUCUUUUCUGCGAGAGAUGCCGGAACCGCUGCUAACCUUCGAUCGGUACGAUGAUUUCCUGAGAGCGGCAGAUCUGUCCGAUGGGAACGAUCGUGUUCAGACGCUUCUUUCACUGAUUAAGAAGAUUCCCCCUGCGCACCAUUGUCUGCUGGAGAGGUUGAUCUUCCAUCUGGCGUUGGUAGCCAAACUAGAGCAGUAUAACAGAAUGUCAGCGAGUUCAUUGGCAAUUGUGUUCGCUCCAUGUGUGCUGAGAACGAACAGAUAUGUUCCAGCACAGGAUAGCUUGAACGAUAUUGGCCGACAAACAAAAUGCAUGGAGACACUGAUAACGCAGAAGAUGUUAAAUGUGAAGAGUACACUGGCGGAUAUUGAUACGUUGGAUACGGCGGCUCAUACGGCGACCACGCGGCUGAGUACACUGCGAAGCAGUAAAGUGUUCACACAGGAAGAAAUGACGGCAAAUGCACGAGGCGGUGGAGGAAGUCUGGAGACCGAAACCGAGGAGAUGUUACUGGAGGGACACAUCCAGGAAAUUAAGAAGGAGAAGGCACUUCUGACGUCUACAUUGCCGAGCUUGGCACGAGCGAGUUCCGAUGACGAUUUGCUCUCGACUGAUCUGGACGGCGAGGGUGGAAGUUUGGACGAUCUGAGUAGUAGCAAGGAUAAAGAUUUGGACAGUAGCUACAAUAACGUGAUCAGCGACAGUGGUAUCUCAAUCCGCUAUCAGCCCCCGUCGGAUCACGGUAGCAGUAAUGUUAGUCUCAACAAUGAUGUAGCCAUGGCUGUGAGUUAUAAUUUACGUGAGCAAAGCAUCGAUUAUUUCCAUAAGGUUGGCAAGACGAAAUCGUUGUCCCACCAAACCCUAGUUGAACGGGAGGCGUUCCUUAAAAGUGGUAGCCAAAGUGGUUCUGCAACAACACCACAAUCACCCACAACGACCAUCACCACCUCGUCUUCAUCCCCAUCGUCGUCGGCCCCCUCGAUGAUCAAAUCCCAGAAUGGUAGUACAAGUAGCGUCAGUAACAACAGCACCUCCAGCAAGCGGUCCGAUAGUCAACAGUUGAACCUCAGCCAUUCGAUGGUCACCCUAUCGACGGGAGUCGGUUGCGCUGGUUCAGCCAGUAACUCCUCAUCGUCCACCUCGGACCUCCAGCGGCAGAAACCGGUCAUUAUGCGUAGCAUAUCCGGUGGCUACGAACCAUCGUCUUCCAUAUCAGGUGCAAGCUCCUCCCAGAAGAUUCUGAUCCAACAGUCAGCAUCAAUUCCUAUCGCUUCAUCAUGCUCCUCUUCACUUGGCAAUGUGAACAACAACAGCAGCAGCGGCAGUAGCAACAACAGCAAUGUGUUGAAAGACAAUAAGGAGCAAAAAAUGAACCGGCGGAUGUCCGGAAAUAGACGACAGAACAGUGGCGGCGGUCCACAUCCACCGCCAUCUUCCAACAUCAGUGGGGGUGGUUCCGGUAAUAACGGUGACGACGAACCGAUCAUGGUUUGAAAUCACUCACACGAAACACGCGUCAAGUGGUUUUAGAUUAGUUUGUAUCUUUUCUGUUUUCUCUAGUUUUUUUUGUAGUUUUUUUCUUUUAACUUAAUGAAAUCGGUUCAUUUCGAAAACGGUGUCUCGUUUCAGAAGAAUCUUCGAUGGAAACGUUAUUUGUUGUUAAAAAUUAUAUAAAACACAAUGAAAAAUACGAAGCAGGAAGAAAAUCGCAUUCAGUUUUUAUGUGUAACAAAACUAUUAUAACGAUGAUUUAUUAUUAAUCUUAUUUAUAACGAGAAGCAGCGGAAAAAUGUAACGAAUGUGUGAUUAUAGAGAAGAAACAAUGUUUGAAUCUAACGAGAACAAUAUACUCGGUGUGUGUGUGUGUGUGUGUGUAUGUGUGUGUGUGUGCGCGUGCGGUGGCUGGUUGUGCUAGCCAAACGCCGAAGGGAGCGAAUGAAUGCGAGAGUGUGCCGUUAGGAUGUAGGACAGUUAAAACUCAUUACACUAUAGCGAGUCGAAAGUGGAAAUAAGAAGCGGAAGCGCAUAUUAAUUCACAUAUAGAUAGAAAAAAGAAUGAAUCAUUAUAACAGAAGUGAAGAAAACGUUUAUAUAAUAGAAACCACGCUACCCAAACGAAUAAUUAAACAAACAAAAAAAAAGGAUUAUUUCAAAGCGAAUUAACGAUUAUACAAGAACAUCUUUUGUUGGUGUUUGCUUUCGUUCCGAACUUAUGUUUCCCUAUCUUAUGAUUUCUUUGUUAAUAGUUUUCUUUAUUAAAUUAGCUCUUUGUUUGCUAUAUUCGUAAUUAAUUUAAGACAAUCCAUCAAGAAAACACGAUCUGCAAAGUGGACUUUUCUAAAAAUCAUAUUCUAGCUUUGAUAUAGUUGUUCUCAGUGCUGGCGUUCUCCAAACGAAGAGUCAGUUGAGUCCACCCCUUCUCGCGUUACGUAAUUGGAGCACGAGGCCUAAACCGUCGGGUUGCCUAUUUUUGAAGGUAAUCAGGAAGCCCAUCAAACUUUUUUAUCGGCCGAUACUGAUUGAUGUAAUGUACGCAUAUGCAUACCUCUCUGUUUGAAAAGAAGUCUGCAGUUCGGUGGGCUUUUAAUGCGUUGCAUCUCUGAUUUAAAUCUUGAUUCUUUUAGAUUCCGAAAACACAAAACCAUCUGUAUCUCGGGAUUGGUUGAAGGCUCAAGACAUGUUUGAUUAUCAAAAUGCAGAUAAUUUAUUGUUAAAAAUAUAGAAAAAAAAUAUUCCGUUAGAGUUUUGACGAAUUUUCGUACUUUUCUUCGGAUACCCUCCAUCAAAGUUUGGACUCUCUGUUGGUCAACCUCAGCGGCCAUUUUAUUCUACGAUCUCUUCAUGUCUGCAGCAUACCGAGUCACUUUAGAACCUUUCUUCAAUUUCCGCUUGACAAUUGCCCAACAUUUGAGCAUAUGAGGAGAAUUGAGGUCUUUUUCAAUGUAAUAGACCCCAUUGUCACAGUACCACUGAAGCAUCUCUCGACUGUAGAGGCAGUUUACCAAAACUUCAUCGGACCUUUGUGAGCCUUAGUAAACUAAAAGAAACUCUUCCCUAUAUAUUUUCGAGUCCAUUGUCUUGUUUGUGACGAUAAUCUUGUGUUUCUGUCCAUAGCUGCAAAAUCCUUGCCAAAUCGAGAACUUCCUGGGACUUCUACUUCGGCAGCGGCCUUAUACAAUUUCAGACCUGGGAGGUGUCCAAACUCCAUCUUCAGGUACGUUUCGUCACCCAUCAGCGUGCAUCCUUCGUACUUCGUCAAAACCUUGCUGUACAACUUUCGAGUUAGUCUUUUAACCACCAGAUUUUGGCUCAGCGUAGUGUUUCGUUGCUUGCAGGCACCGAAAUUACGAUAAUUUUCUCGCUCACAGAAUCUCCAGAUGGUACUUUCGAAGGAAUUGUGUUUUUUGGAGUUCCUCUACGAUGUGUUCUCUGAUCCAUCCGAACAACAAUUGUACAUUCACGAAAACGAUAUUCAAAUAUUAUUGGCAACCCUUUACAAUUGACCAACCAGCACCUGGUCCGGGAUCGACCCCUCUAUUGACUAGUCUUGUCUUAGACUACGGCCGAUAUACAAUUUACAAGAACGUGUAUUUACAAGAACCAAAACCUUAAUGAAACAUUGUCCUCUUAUGGCAAGAGUUUCAACAUUUCUCGUCGUCGAUUACUUCCUCUGGGGAUACGUGAAGGACCGUUGCUAUGUUAAUAAGCCACAAAAUUUGGAGGAAAGAAAUAACUCGGAUUUUCAACAGCAUCGAAGUCGUAAUGUUAGAGUUGUGCAUGAAGAAUUUUGUUCACCGUUUAAAACGUGUUAUCUAAAAAAAAAGGGGUGGUCACCAGGGUUACUGCUUUCGUGUAGUACUGCUUUCUCGUGUUCUAUCUAAGGCGAAAAGAUACAAUAGUUUGCGUCAUCGACUAGCUUUACAAUUGAUAAAUAACACUGUUUAUCUUUUUCCUACUGAAACACAGUUAAUACGAAUUUUUACAUGUAUACCAUCAACAUCGUCAAAUUCAUAAUAAAUAUGCCAAUCAAUGAUACUAAAGCUAUGAUUAUGAUUCAAGAUUGAACCUAUCAAUUUAACCCUUUGCGGUUGUAUUAAAUUUCGACGUUUUUGUCGUACCGGUCGCAUUUUUUUACAUGAUAGUGAUGUAUAACUUUGUGAGACUAUGAAAGAUGAACAAGAUUCCUAUAUUUUUUUGUAAACUUCUGAUAAGUAUUUACUAAAUAAUGUUUGUAUGUUUAUGUUCAAAAAAUAUUUGCUAUAAUUCUUCUUUGUGUGAUAUCCUUCGCAGAUGUUACAAAAAUAAUCAGUUUGGCGUCUUCCGCCUUUUAUCUUUUUGUACGAACAUACAAUGCUCUUUACAUCUACACAGUGCCGCAAUACAUGGAGUUUUCCAUUAAUCCCUUACUCAAGCAUGGAUGAAACAUUUUGUUUAUACUGAGUACCGUUAUCUAUUAUUCAUAUUAGAACCGUUCGUUAAGAAAAGUGUGAGUUGAUACAUUGUUGCAUAAAUCAUAAUAAAGGUAUACUUCUUUGUUGUUGUGGCUGAAGGUAGACAAACGACCGCAAAGGGUUGAUACAGAUUUCGAUACAGAUUUUCUGAGAAAACACACAGAUAGAAAGAUUUUUUGAGACCAAAAAUACAGAUUUUAUUAUGGCAACCCUGGUGGUCACAUCGAAAAUGUCCCAAAAUAAGCUUUAUUUCCACUUUGGUAGAAGUUUUCAAAAUUUGUUGCGUUAGCGUUCAAUCUGAAAGACCCUGUAUGAAUUUUUUUUUUUUUUUUUUUUUAGUAAAAAUUAUUGAAGUCCUCAUCUAACGAAAAUGAGGAACUGAGACGGCCCAAUCCGCUGUCAGCCGCCGACCAGCCGUCGGAAGCGGUGGCCUGUGUUUCAUCGAUUGCCCGGUUACCUUGAAACAUAGGUGACCAUCCUUUAGUUAGGAGUGUCAGUGACCGUUGGACGACAUACGUUUGCCCGGUUAAUUUUUGUAAACGUAAUGCACUAGGCAAACGCCGUAGAUCAAUGUACGCAGAGAAAAAGUAGAAUAUUUUCGGAAAAGUCUUAAGGAAAAUGGGAAAAAUCGGGAAAUUGAAUUCCCAUAUGCUCUAGAAUUAGAUCGUGAGUAGCUUAGGUUUCCAUUCGAGGUUUUCGCUAACGAAAUUGUUGAUAUUUAUUAGAAUUUUUACAUUAGCGAUUUUCGGGUUAAAUAACGCACCGUUAUGUCUUCUAUCUAUAUAAAUAAAAAAAAGAUAGCCAAUUAUGUUGCUAAGCGCAAAACCUGAGGAACGAAUCGUUCGAUUUAAGCCGUCUUUAUUUUGUUGUAUUUAUCUAUGUCCGUAGAUCAAUGUAUGGUGAUAUAUUUUUUUUUAUUUUUUUUAAAAACAAUGUUCCACAAUGAUAUCGUUGUUAGUCCAAUUGGAUUUCGCGUUUGCGGAAUUAAGCCUUCUGUACCGUUAGUGUGAAGCGAAAAUGGCAAUGGAAUCUCAGGUGGAAUAACGCGCUUUGAAAAUGAAAAUUAUGAAUGAAAAUUUACUUUUAUGCAUCAAACAUGUAUUCCAUGUAACGGAGAAAUAUGUUAUGUGCAAAUAAUUAAAGAAUCUUGAAUGAGAUUUGUGGCUGAAAAUAAUUUUAUAUUAUAAUGACGAGUUUCGGUAGAAGUACUAGUAAACCUAAAGUAAAAGGAAAUUGUAAAGGACCAAUUAGAAAAUCAAUCAAUGGAGAGUUCUGCGAUUGAACCCACGAACGUUUGCUUCGUAAGAAAACGUAAAUGCUCGAAGGUGUAAUACCAAAAAAUCAAUUUUGGGCGGGACGAAGUUCGUGGGGUCAGCGUUCAUAAAAAAAUAUUAUGCUCCGCGAGCAUUAAUACGUAAGUACCAAGUUUAUUAAAUAAAUACUAAUAGUCGAAUAAUUAUCCCAGUUUUCAAACGAAAAACAGGACAUGUGCAAAUUAAGAGCAGGGGUGGAUAAACUAUUUUUUACAUACUGUAUGUAUCUCACGUGUUACAAGGGGUGCUCGAUAUCUUUCAAGAUAAGAGAGUUUGUAUACAUUGUCAAAAAUUGCUUUACUUUUUUUCAAAAUGUGCAUGACACAUUCUUCAAUGCAUUCGAAUCAACUUUUGCAGCCUUUGUACCACUUCGACAGAGGCUGGUUUUUGAUAGUCAAAUUAGGCCAUAUUCAAUGUUUUAACACAUUGCGGACCGCUCACGAGAUUUCUUGUGUUUCGCGUUCCGUCUGUUACGGAUUUUUUUUUCAUACAUACAUUUAUUGAAUCUUCCAUAAUGUGGAAAUAACAAUAAUUGGUUAUACAUUUAGUUCUAACAUAAUAAAGUAUUACGUUUGUUGUCAAUUCUUACAGUUAAAAUUUCACAUGUGUGAUGGAGCACAACACUAACGUUUGACCACGUUCAAAUAAUUAAGGUUUUUUUCUUCAGACGUGUUACCAUAGGUUGACCGAGUCGCCUUGCUAGUGGAUUUGGAUGCUUCUUCACCUUUUCCGCAUAUUUCCUCCUCGUUUUAUCGUUCUUCUUUACCCGUCGCCAUCCUUAAGUCUCGAUGUAUGACACUAUUGCGAAUGUACCAAGGGGCCCCAGUAAUUUGUCUUAGCAGUUUAUUUUGUACUCUUUCGAUGAUUUCGAUAUUACUUGCUGAAGCUGUUUGCCAUAGUUGACAGCCGUAAUGCCAAAUAGGUUUCAGCAUGGAUUUGUAUAGAAGUAUCUUGAACUCUAGUUUUAAUUUCGACUUCCUCCCGAUUAGCCAAUGUAUUUGUUUUGCUCGCAUCUUCAAUUGCGUUUUCUUCGCAUCUAUGUGUUUCUUCCAGGUUAGACGACGAUCUAGAUGUACACCAAGAUAUUUAAUUUCAUUCGACUGCAGAUCCAUUGAACUUGAUUUGUGGGCAUGUGUUCCUAUUAAGCGUGAACGUAACGUGGACACAUUUUGAUUUACUUUAAUUCUCCAUUUUUGAAGCCACUUUUCCACGACCGUUAUGUGUUCCUGGAGAUCCCGUGAAGCAAUCGUUCUGUUUUUGUGACUGCUGAGAAUAGCUGUGUCAUCUGCGAAUGUUGUAGUGUUGUAGUAAGUUACGCGCGGUCGGGAGAUCAGCUGUGUAGAUGAGAUAGAGAACUGGUCCAAGAACACUGCCCUGAGGAACGCCAGCAUAAAUUUCUUGCUCUGGUGAUAGAGUUUGGUUAUACCGAACAUGAAACUUUCUUCCCAGUAGAGGCCUUCAUAUACUUUACGAAUUUUUUCUAUCAAUCGGUGCACUUGUUCAAUAGUGCCAUGUUUUGCUCGGAAUCCGAAUUGAUAAUUCGGGAUUAAUCUUUCAAUCUCGGGUGCUGAUUUUAUCAGGAUAAUUUUUUCGAACACUUUUUUCGAAGAUUGGAAGGAUGCUGAUAGGUCUAUUAGAUUCCACUUUCUGUGCGUCUUUCCCUGGCUUAGGAAUCAUAAUGAUGGUCGAAAUUUUCCAUGCUUGUGGGAAAUAUCCUUUAUGGGUCAUUGCGUUGAAAAUUCUCGUGAGAUGUUUAAUUGCUAUGUCAGGUAGUUCCUUGAUCAUAUAUCCGUUGAUGUGGUCGAUACCGGGUGACUUUUUCACAUUGAUUUGAUUAUUGAUAACAUGUCUCACCAGCCGAUGUUUGAUUUUCAUUUUGUUUUGGUUUAUAGCACCAGAAAAUUCGAGCGUUUCUUGAUUAGGUCCGGAUUGAUUCGGAGUGAAAACUUUUUGAAGAUGGUUUGCAAAAGUGGCUGCUUUUUCAUCGUCACUUCUGGCCAAAUUACCAGAGGGCAUUCUAAACGGCGGGACCUGUAACUGAGGUCGUUUUAGAUUCUUAGUUGCCUUCCAUAGUGAGUAAUUAUUAUUUUGAUUUGGCGAUAAUUCAGUUAAGUAAUUAUGGAAUUUUUCAUCUUUCUCGUCUUGUAAUAGCUAUCUUAAUUUAAGUUGUGCCACAUUGAAUUGGUUUUUAGAUUCUGGCGAUCGUUUGUUUUGCCAGAUACGUCUUAGUCGUCGCUUUUCUGCAACUGCUUAUUUUAUGUGGGAGGCAGUAAUAAUUUUUUUGUGUUUCUGAGGCUUCAUAGGUGGGGUAGCUAUCUUUGCAGCGUUCUUCAUGAGUACACUGAGCUGGUUAACUGCUUCCUCAAUAUGAUGUUCGUUAUCCAGAGGUAGAUCGAGAAUGUUAGAGGAGAUAUAUGUCUUACGUUUCGUCCAAUUCGUUGAAAAGUUAGUGAGAUUAGAUGACGUCUGCUUCACUUCCUUUUCUAUGAAGUAUUCCAGGAGUAUUGGUGAGUGAUCAGAUGAUAAAUCCAGAAGAAGCUUCGAUCGAAUUCGUUUACUAUUAAUAUUUUUUGUGACAGCGAAAUCUAGCAGGUCCGGAAGUCGUGCGAGGUCCUCUGGCCAGUGUGUCGGUUCACCGCAUGAUGCAAUGUCAUAGCCAGAGUCAGUGAUAACGUUGUAUAAUACGCGUCCACGAGUGGUAAUCAGCCUUGAUCCCCAAAAGGUGUCUCUAACGCGUUCACGCGUUAAAGUCACCAGCGACGAUAAAUCGGUGCCCUUGGAGUGAGAAGAAGUCUUUCAGUUCCUCUUCCGAAAGGUGGUGGUUCGGUGAAGAGUAGAGUGCUGUUAGUACUAUUUUCUCAGAUUUAUUCUCGAUGCACACAGCCGCUGCUUGGAUAUUAAGAGUACUGUGACGGUGCCAUAAAUAGUGUGGAAUAUCUCGUUUGAUGAGGAUCGCAGCCCCACCUCUUGCUGACCCGUGCGGGUGAUUUGUACCAUAGAAAUCAUAUCCCGUCAGAUGAGUUUCAUUGAUAAGAAAAACGUCAAUGUCGUGUUGGUUCAAGAAUAGUUUAAUUUCAUUCAAAUGGUUAUGUAUCCCGUUUGCAUUCCAAUAGCAGAUUUUCAAAAACAUUAUUUUGAACAUUGAAAUUUUUGAUGAGAAGUUGCUGGCUGCGCAACAUUUCUUGCAUCAUUGUUUACAUUGAUGUCAUGAGUUGCAUUAUUGAACCCAUAAAUACUUGUAAUUGGUCCGCGGGAGGAAUUAUUGGUGUUGAAGGUUGGGAGAGUAGAGCAUCCCUAUACGAUGUGCUAGGUGUAGGCGUGAAACCAGGAGGUUGGGGUUUCGGGUGUGUGGCUGAAUUUACCAUUGGUUGCAGGGUUGGCUGAUAGUUUGCAGGCCUGCUAGUUGCAGCUUUUUGUCGAGAUUCUUGCGGUUUUUUCUUUAAUGUUGUAUAUACAGGGCACCCCCUGUAGUUUGCAGUGUGGUUGCCACCGCAGUUGCUGCAUUUUUUUGCUUCUGUUGUUGUUCUUGAGACUGGGCAUUUUUUUUGUCUCAUGAAUGCCACUGCAGACUACACAGACUGCUGGAAGGUUGCAAUAACCUUUAGUAUGCCCGUAUUCUUGGCAGUUGUGACACUGCACAGGGCCAGUCCGUUUGUGCAGCUCUUCGAACGUCACUACACGAUUUAAAAGUCGGGUGACUUUAUAAAUUGGAUCCACUUCACCCGGUUUCAAUUUCCUCGUUGAUGGCUCUAGUUCUACUCUAUAGAGCGGCUGUGGUUUUUUUAGUCGGUUCAACAUAUUAGUAACCGAAGUCACUUCAAAACCUUUAUCGAUAAGAACGUCUUUUAUAUCAUCGGGUGAAACACCCUGUUCUAUGCCUUUCAGCACCACAGUUAGACAUUUCCAAGCUUUUAAGCGGUAGGUGUAAUAGAGAGUUUUUUCCUUCUCUAAAGCGUUCACAAUUUUGCGAUAAUCGUCAAUCGUAUUGCACUGCACUUUUAGUUCACUAAUGUUUCCGCGUUGCACAUUGCGACACAGAAAAUUGUUGCUACCGAUAGCUUUUUUAACUAGGUCAAUCGCGUUUCUAGUUACCACCUGACGCAGGUAAAUCGGUGCGGGCUUUGAUUCUACAGUUUUUUGCUGUGCACCUUCGUCGUUCACCGGAGCAAGGGCAUCGAACCUAUUGCUCAGAGGGAUAACUGUGUUGGCUGUAGUGUUUGUUUUUUUGGCUGCGUUGCCAGUGUUUGCACUAUUGGGACCUAUUUUUCUUUUAAAAUAGUGAGAGUUCGGGUUGAGUAGCGUACUGGAGUGGACGUGUGUUUUUGCGCUCCGUGCUUUGACCUUUAUGUGCUUGCGAUUCCUGCCGUUUUAAAGUGUCAUGACCAGUGAAACUGAUGAACAUUGUUCUAGUGGAAUGAAAACCAGUGAAAUUCGGUUGAAUUCCAUGAUUUAUAGUGAGAUAAAAAUAAAAAGUGACAUCAGAUCGAGAGAAGCCAUUUUUUUUCGGCUCGUAAUUAUUUGUUAGUUAGAAUUUUCUCUAACGUUAUGCUCCUGAUUGUCGGCACUCUCGCAAUGUGCUCUUGUUCGUCACGCUCUCGGUUUCGUGUCUCUCUCAGUUCUCGCGCUCUCAAAUGCGUGUUGUUUUCUUAUCGUCGCGUAAUCGGUUUCGGGAAGACUGUUUACAAAUAUAUGUUAUGGGAAAAUCUAUGCUUAGCUUCAUGUGAUUGAUUUGGAGUUGCUAACGAGUAUGAAGAUGUUCUUGGGUUUUUUUUUGCACCGCCGUAGUGAACGUAUCACAUCGAAAGAAAGCGCUGACAUCGCUGGACUGAGGAUACGAGCUAAGUUGUAUUUUUCAUUCCUAUCUCAUACAUAUUACAAACAUUACAUUUAAUUUAUUGUGGGUUCCUGUGGGUGUGGGUAGAGAUUUUAUUUCAUUUCAUUUCAUAUAGCAGCUGUGUGUUAACGGUUCCAGAUUUGAGUACAAUCAUAGGCAAAACAGGAGUUCCCGCUGCAAUCAGUGACUCGAAUAUGUGGAGGUGACGGGCGGAUGUGUGUGUGUGUGUAGCGUGUUUCUGAGCGAUUGGCGGAUUGAUCCGGAGAGUGAGAUUCAUCAUCCUCUCUAGCGAGUGCGUCCUAAUGUUCGGUUUCGUUAACUGGGCUGCAGCAGUUGUAAUGUAAGCUGCCAUUUGAAUUCAUCUUGAAAUGACUGACUCUGAACUCCAGGAUGUGCCUCACAUUAUGGAGUUGUCAGAAUUCACUUUAUGUUGCGUGUCUAAAGUAGUUUGUGUAGAUUGUGAUUAGCUUGUUGCCAAAAAAAUAUUAUUCUCUGCAUACAGAAGGACUUGGAAAAUGGAGGAGAAGGAUUUGGUCACUCAACCCUACUGUUCGCAAAUGUUUGUAUAUGUGUUUGUAUGUAUUUGUAUUUAUUUUUUUCUCUUUUUUUCGAGUUUCUGCUGUACUAUAAACUAUGUUGUUUUUUUUUUUUAAAUUCUGGAUUCCAAAUAAGGUGGUUGCAGAAUUAUAAUUUCAAAUGUCUUUCCUCGUCGAUUCUAUGUUGAGCCUUUUUUUCAAAGGGUCGAGGAACUCGGAUUUUAAAAUCAGAUUCCGUGUUCAUACACACACUCUCGUUUACUGUGAUGGUGGAUGCGACUGUGUGCGAGAGGUGGCCGUACGAGAUGUUAAGGUCGUGGGAUUGCAGCUGCAUUGAAUGAUAUUGGUGUGGAUGCAUUGCUUUCCCUCGCUUUGUUCGGACUUGCUGCUUCGAGCGGGCAGAGUGGUUUAUUUUUUUUUUUCGUCAGUUGUGCAGUCAAAUUUUUGUGUGAGCUCGGAUCCACUGUCAACGUAGCCUUGAGUGCAGUUAUGUUGAAUCCGAGUACAUAUGGUUUGAUUGUACGAUAGCUAAGGUAAGGAGACGAGCUAUUUUGUUCGCUUGGUCUGGCCGAUUUCGGGUGGCGCGAGGGGACACUGACAGCCGCACCGGUGCAAUUCUGUGUAGCUGUUUACUUCUCGCGAUUGCAUACGAUUCGAGUGGCCCCAUUUUCGCACAGAGGUUCAUCAAAUUUAACCAAAAUAUGGAACUAGUAUGAACAUAGUAGCUUUAGUGUGUUCAUUUAUACUCUAAUUGAGGGUGAUUGUUUCUAGAUGAGUUCUCUCGGUUACCUUCUCAGGUUUCCCCACAGUUAAAACUUCGCAGUUGCGAUUGGAUUUCGAUAACAAAUAUGUGCAGAAAAAUUUAAAAUCUUAUUAAUGUUACAAGUUUUCCUUCUCAGGAUACCUAAAGAUCUCUGCCGCGUGUUGAGAUAUGAGAUUUUCAAAAUUUAGUUCCAUUCAAUAGAUUGCGUUUACAUAAUCACAUCACUUACCACAGUGAAUCCUGAUUAUUACCACUUCCCACUAACAAUUAUCCCUUCCUUGAUAAACGCUAGGGAACCACGCUAUAGAGGCGACCCUUCUGGUCUUAGGGCGGCGAAUAUCAUACUAACAUUCCUUUCCUUCCCCUGGUGACUGUAAGGACGUGGCCGGCGUCGUUAUUGACCAUUUAAAGCUCGAAUCACCGAAAAUUGCACAACGAGAAUGAUUUGCUAGUCCCAAGCGUCAUUCUGUGUGUUCUUUGUGCAAUUUGGUUGGUUCAGGUCAAUCACGGAGAGCAACUACGAAUUGUACAGUCUACCCAAGCUCAAGCUCAAGCUCAAGCUCAUUUUUCUUUUAAAAUAGCGAUCUACCCCUGUUUGCACUUUUUUAUCGUCUGUUGGUUUCUUCACAUUUGAGAUGAAAUUACUAUUUUCCGGCGAUUUGUUCAAAGCGGGCUCACUUUCAGCGCAGGUUGACGAGUUCUCUACCGCAUCACUUUUUUUCGUCGGCGUUCUGGAAAGGCCAGAUUUUACAAACGGAUUGACUUGUUCUCCGUUCAUAUCACUACGAGGAUACUUCGUCCUUCUCACUCUCUAUUAACACUCUUGAAGGAGCGCCAGAAGCGAGCGCAAAAUAAAGUGCGAACGCGUACACUAUCGCAGCGAACGAACUUGCCACGGGCUUGAGGGGUAAAAGAAAGACUGGACUGCUCAGCUCAAUAGCCAAGCAGCGAAUGUCUGUUACGGAUGGAUCACGAAAUAACCAGUGUUUUCUACACUUGAAGGUUAAAUCCUUGGUUUCCCAGGAGUCUAACAAGGCCUACCGAUGCCUCGGCUUCGUCUCAUCCACAUCGAAGGAAACGAUCUCAUUCGUGGAAUCCGAACAAAUGAAGCGUUCAAGUUUGCCCCAAAACGUGCGGUCCUUAAUAUGUUAAUGUGAAACUAUUAUCCAAAGCUGAUGUCAGGUUUGACAUUUUGUGAAAGAUGAUUGCAUAUCUCAAAACAUAUCCAGCGAUCUCGCGAUAGUGGUUAUUCGGAUUAACCCUUAUAAAACCGUGGAAACUUUACCUUUGAUAAAAUAUUAACUAUUGAAACUGUAGAAAAAAUUUGGUGACAAUAUAGUUGCCACUGCCCGUUAACCCCAAAACACUGUUUGCCGCUGCUUUGUAAAAUCACCUUAUUGCGCUUGCGCACUUUUAUCUAUUUGGUUUUUGCAUUACCGAACUCAAAAAUCGAAAUAAUAUUUCUAGUGCAGUGAAAAAAAAAGUAUUUUUUAUAUAGACUUACGAAAAAAUUGAAAAUUUGAAUUUUUAAUCAAAUACACCAUUUAUUUUACUGAAAAUACUGCAUUAUCUCACAUAAUAUAUCAUCAAUACUACAUCUACAGUUAAAAACUUAUAAACUUGUUGUAUUUUCAAUGAAUUGAAAUAGAAUUUUCUGCUGGCGCUCUAAAAUCGUCGUUGUGUUACAUAAAAAUGACCCCCAAAUUGAUAUCGUACAUUUUUAGCAGCCCGAAAAAAAUGGAGUAUUGCCAGAUACCUUUACAAGUCUUUGGUUAAGUUUUUUUCUGGGUGGCAAUAUGGUUGCCACUGCUAGUGAUCCCCGAUUUUUGAAAUAAAUCGUUCAUCAGCUAAUUUUUUUUAUAGUCAUAAUUUUGUUUAUUUUAUGUUUUGCACAGUUAUUGUUUGACUUUUAAAAUUUGUACUACUCAUUCACACUCAAAUGAAAGUUUAACGCAUUUACAUCAAGGUUACUUUCAGAACUUUUUACAAAAUUUAUAUAAUUCAGAAUCGAAUACCUUUCAGCAGUUUGUUAUUCGAUACGCCAAAUAAGCCCCAAAUAAUCGAUUAAUCGUCACACAGAGAGAAAUAAUUAGUUAGACUAAUAUUUCUCAUUUGCUAGAAAGCCAUCUGGAAUCGAGCGUGUUCAUUCCGCCUGAAAAUCAAUUAUUAUCUUUUACACUCCCCUAAACUCGUAAACGAAGCUCAAUUUGCGUUGACGGCAUUGAGUUUCGUUUACGAGUUUAGGGGAGCAUCAAAGAUUAUGAUUGAAUGUCAGGAUAAAACUGUAGUGGCCGUACGUUUUUUUCUUUGGGUUUGGAUCGAUUAAUCGACGUAAAUUUUUCUUUCGCUUCAAGUAUUGGUUGCGCAGUUUUCGUUCGAUUAAUAAUCGAUUUCUGUAGGAAGUAUUCGAUUAAUUGAUUAAUCGAACGAUUAUCGGGGAUCACUAGCCACGGCCUUAUAAAGGGUUAACUGAUGCCUCAUUUCUUUUCGAGUGUUUUGCAAUGCACUGACGGGGACAGCUUUUCUAACCAACAGAUCCAAUCCUUGCAUGUACAUAAUUCGAAGUUUGCAGAUCGUGUUAUGAUCCGAAGAUUAUAAAGCACGUUAAUUUAUUUCAACUGUGUUUUUAUUUUUUACCAAGUUAUAAGCACCUGUUAUAUAUUUACAAAACUAUCAGUUUUAGAAUGAGAAUGUACCCACCGUGAUGAGCGAGAACGGCUAGCCAAAAUGUAGGCAACCGGAACGCAGCUGGUGGUUGUUGUCACCACUGCUGUUUCCACUCACGGUAAGCCGAGUUUACACUGAGGCACGCUACACACAGUUCCUCCAUCGAAGCAAUACAACGCGACAAUCCAACCCUUCUACAUGAUCGACGUAUCGAAGAGAAUCGUCUUCUGUUCGACAGCCAACGGAUCGGUGCGGAUUGCCGUUCAUUGUUGUCUCUGUGGGAUCUCAUAUUUAGUUCCAUCGACGACAACCUCAAUGCAGCGCAUGCUUUCAUUGUUGUGUUACAAUUUCUGUUCAAACGUUAAGUAUUUUAUAAGAAGUAGGAUAAAAUUCCACUUUAUUUUCAAAAUAAUUGUUGGUAGCAUAAAAAAAUAACAUUGGUGUCAGUCGAGCAUUGAUUAAACAUUGCCUUCGCAUGAGUCACAUCCUCUUACAUCCCAAAGGUUAUCGUCGGAUGUUGAUUGAGCAGACAUAAGAGAACCUACAAAUAUAAAUCUACGAUACGAUUAUUCCUAGGUUACUGAAUGUGUCAUCGAUGUAAUUUAUUUAAAGGAUAACACAACACCACGGCUUACAGAGACAAGGCUAGUUCUUUAGCGAGUAAACAUUUUUUUUGAUGACGUCAUCCGAAUUGUCAGUGUAAAAGUCACCAGUUGUAUUUUGUUUUCCGACUUACGCGUAAAUGUUCCUGAAAUGAAAAAUCAAAAAUGGUUCAAUGCGCUGUGAGCGGGUGUAUAAAUUAUGAAAAUGACAUUAUUGGACCAAAAAAGAGAUUCUUUCGCUUUCCGAAAAACCGAGAAUUAUGUUCUUUGUGGAUAAAUGUUUUAUCAAAUUAUUCAUGGUGUUAAAUAUGAUUAUAUAUUAUCAACGCACAAACUUACAAAGCACGAAAAAUAAAAAAUUAGAACACAUUGUUUACUUCAACGACUCAGAUGACGUCACUAAAAAAUGACUGAUCCGGAGUAGCUAGCCUUGUCUUUGUAAGCCGUGACACAACACAAAGAUACAGUUUCUUCAGAGUAACGAACAAAGCAAGCGCUAUUCAUUCAUAGAAAAAUCAACAAAAUCGAAGUGAAAGUUUUGCAGUAAUAAACCCAGAAAAAGGAGACAUGCACAUAAUAGAUGAAUAGUGGUAAAUAGAAAAAAAGUAUAAAAUAUAUUUACAAAUCUUGAUGUAUGUAACAUUAAACAUUUGAACAAAAAACAACAGAGAUCAUUCGAAUAACAAUCAAAACUAAACUUGUAUAAUAAUCACCAACAAAUACAAAACAUUCUCAGUGUCAGGAAUUAUGAAUAAAUUGAAAAUCACUCUUGAAAUGUUGAUUCAUCAUCAUAAAAAAAAGAACUCGAUGGAAGUCAAAUCGUUAGUUGGAAGCAUUGGUUCAAACGAUUAAUGACAUGCAUUUUCAUUACUCAGGAAUCAUUGCAACCGGUUUAAAACCAUUCGAAUCUUGUUAUUUUGUUCCCUAUCGUUAAACGAUACGUUUGUAUUGAAACACUACAACAUAGCUAGAGACAAAUCAAAAGCCCUUUGUUUUCCAACUGGUUCACGAAUCGUGUUUGUAUACCACUGUUCUCCUUUUUGGGCCCCGGUUUUGUCCUUAGGACAUGUUCUUUCAGCAAUAAAUAAAAUCUCGAAAUAGUAAACCUCUAUUUAGCAUUAAAACUGAGUCCGUCUGCAGUAUUCUCCAAUAUAUUUGGUUCUAGAUCUGAGAGCAUUUUUUAUGCAACAUUGAAUCAUACGGAUGCUUUUCAAAGCAGAAUACGAAAGUGGAUAGCAGGAAAUUACACCAGCGAAAACACAACUAGUUGAUCGAAAAUUGAAAUCCUAUAAGCAAAUGUAAGCAGGAGAUAAGAAAAACAAACAAACAAAUGAGACACUAAAAGUUGAAGAUGUUAUUCCAUAUUUUUCGUGAAUGUAUUUGUUUGCAAAACAAAAUGAAAAAGUUAGAUAAUAUUUACCACAAAAAAAACAGUGUAUAAUAACAAUAUGUAAAACCCUAUAAACAAUGCAGUUAGAAAGGGUGGUAGACCGAUGAUACAAGCAGAAGGAAAACGUGAACAGAAAACAAAAAAAAACUAUAUAUACAAAACAUUUAUGAACAUUUAUAUUGGAUUAUUGUAAAGGUAUUGUAUGAAUGAUAAUUUAUUUAUGUCGGAGCAGACACAAAUUACACGGGAAAGGUAUCUUUGAGAAAACUAUGAAGCGACGGACGAAGCAACGGGAUGUUUUUAAGGAGUAUUUCAAUAAACUUGUUAAAAAAGA